AUGAAGUACAAUGCUUCAAGGACUCUCAGGCUGGCCGCAUCCGAUACAGGAAAUCCAUCAUCCACCUGGGAAGAAGAUUCGGCUUCGUUGUACAACUCAGCUCAUCAAAUUGCAGCUCUUACCACUUUCACAGAGCUUGCUACGACUUCGGCUUACUCUUACCUGAAGAUCGAUCGAGAAUUGGCGCAAGAUAUGACUCUACUCAUACCCGCCUACAACCACUUUGUACACUAUCUUCAAUACAACCGAUACAAGAGGGAGCAAAAAGAAAAAGGCAAGGCAUCUCAAGAAGCAGCGAAAAAAAAAUUCAACAAGAAUCGAGAAAGGUUGAGAAAUGAAAGGCGCGACUUUGCCAUCAUCAACAAGUUUCCAAAGCAAUAUCGAGACAUCUUGGAACCAAUCACGGCCCACAGCAAUGAUGAGAAGGUAGAGGGGAAGGGCUUCUACAAAAUCAAAACCUUGCCCUACCGCUCGAACAACACCAACCGGUUCUUUCGUCGUUUGGACAUCAUGAUGAAGAACGCCGCCGAGCAAGAUCCAAUCGCCAAGUCGUCCCGACGCAGGGUUCGAAGACUACCAAAGAACCCCGAGAUGUCGUCAUACAAGAUUGCACCAAAGGGACUGCCCAUCGAUUUCUACCACCCAAAAUGGUACCACAACCUCGUCCCUGCUCAACAACAAUCCAUCCCAAACCAAAAAGCACUCGCUUUUCUGCCCGAUGCCAACGAGUCCUUGCUUCCUAAAGACGAUGACGAGGCUGCUGAGGAGGAACAAGGCGGAAAUGACGAUGACGAAGGCGAGGGGAUUGAUCUAACCCAGCCAAGCCCGGACAACUCCGACGACGAGUUUCAUGUGGAGGGGGAUGCUGGGGAUUUGUACGAAGAAGAGGAUGACGGGUUUGUGGUAAACGAUGGCGAAGAGCAGGAUGGAAGCGAUGAUGACGACGACGAUUACGACAAAGCUGAAGAUGGUGGUGUCAAAGAGGACUGCCAGAUGGAUGACAUCCCAGAGUGCGAGGAAGAUUGGUAA